UCAUAUGAUUGUUCAAUGAAGAAGCACGUCUGAUAGGCGUCGUCUUACUUCUUUCAGCCAGAUUUUAAUUUUCUGGCUCUUUAUCGGUUGUUUUUUGUGUUAGUGGUGUUAAAUAUUAACCAUCAGCCAUGGCGCUCAGCGACGCAGAUGUUCAAAAACAGAUCAAACAUAUGAUGGCCUUCAUCGAACAAGAGGCCAAUGAAAAAGCCGAGGAAAUCGAUGCUAAGGCAGAGGAGGAGUUCAAUAUCGAGAAGGGCCGUCUGGUUCAACAGCAGCGGCUCAAGAUCAUGGAAUACUAUGAGAAGAAAGAAAAACAAGUGGAACUCCAGAAAAAAAUUCAAUCAUCGAACAUGCUGAACCAAGCUCGUCUGAAGGUGCUCAAAGUACGUGAAGACCACGUACGCAACGUACUGGACGACGCCCGCAAGCGCCUGGCUGAGGUGCCCAAUGACACCAAGCUAUACUCAGAUCUUCUUGUCACACUCAUCGUGCAGGCUCUUUUCCAGUUGGUGGAGCCGACGGUGACGCUGCGCGUGCGGCAGGCGGACAAGUCGCUGGUGGAGUCGCUGGUGGGCCGCGCGCAGCAGGACUACAAGAACAAGAUCAAGAAGGACGUCCAGCUCAAGGUGGACUCCGCCAACUUCCUGCCCGCCGACUGCUGCGGCGGCAUCGAGCUCAUCGCUGCCAAGGGCCGUAUAAAGAUCGACAACACCCUGGAGUCGCGCCUGGAGCUGAUCGCCCAGCAGCUACUGCCCGAGAUCCGCACAGCCCUGUUCGGACGCAACCCCAACCGCAAGUUCACAGAUUAAACAUCCCUAUCACUAACAACAUUUCAAAUUUCGUAAUACUGUAGAAAUAUUUGAUAAUAAAGUAAGUGUUUUCGUUUGCCUAAUUAAUUAUAAUGUAAUAAUGCGUACAAUUUAAUCGCUAUUUAGAAUAAUCUUCCCAAAUCGCCGGAAAUACCAUCGUGUCAGCAUCUGGCCUGGCGAGCACAUCUAUAUUUUUAACUCUAACUGUAAGAUAGUUUCGCCUGCUAAAAUAACGUAAACGAAACGUAUUUUAUUAUAACAAUUCAUUCGUGUACCUUCUAUGUAUUAGAGGACGUAGAUCUAGUGUUGGAAACAAUUAAAUAAUUAUAAUGUUACCAUUGAAUAGGCAAAAUAUGCGAUAGUCAACACUGAUAAAAGUAAUGUUACAGUAGUGUUAACAUGUACCGGCGACAGUAUGAACAUUCUCUUACGUGAAAAUGUAUUUAAUCAAAAGUUUGUUGUUUCGCUUCAUGUUGUUCGAUCUAGGGUCACUGUGAGGCUGUAAGGUUGUCCCAAGACAGCAGCACCCCACGCUAUGUCCACUCAAAUGUACAUUUGACUGGGCGCAGUGUGGUGUCAUGGAGUAGCCUUCCGCCGACCAAGCUCCCUAGCUCCAUACUUCCUGGCAAUGUAACUUCCUCGCAAUCGUAUUUAAUCAUAUAACUCUUUAAUUAGGAUACUAUAUAUUAUCCAUUAUGGCACUGUUAAAUUCUUAUGUAAAUAUAUAGAUGUGUUGA